AUGGCGGACGAUAACAGCACAGUGGUGCUCAACUGCGACGGCGCCACCACCCCCACCACCGCCGGAGCGACGACGUCCUACUCUCUCGUCCAUUGCACGUCGGACUCUCUCGCUGCUGCGCUCUUCGCAUUGGACGACCUCCCUUCGCCGCUCGCGCUGCCGCCGCACACCACGCCCCCACUCCCGCUCCCGCCGGCCUCGCAGCGUUGGAUCCCAGAGCAUCUUAGAGGGCGGCCGCCGCGGCGUGUCUGGUCGCCCAGCUGCCCUCGCCUUCACGAGAGAGACUCGUUGCGGGUCAACCAACCGGCAUUUGUGGAACUGCAGACACAGCCGUCUCUCAUCAUGAGAGAGACCAAGGUUGAGGAGGCGUUGGUUCACCCGCACACGCUGAUUGAACCGUUGCUGACUUGCGUGGGCGGGCCGGAGGGACGACCCGCGCCCAUGGGGAUGCGGCAUGUGGGGAUCCCUCGGAGUGGAGGGGGCGCGGGGGAGGAGUUGCGCGACUUGAAUAAGCCUGCAGGGGAUGCUGAUGCUGCUGCUGCAGUGCAAGAGGCGAGCGGCGAGGUGCAGAUAGAGCGCAUGCUGGCUGGGCUCUCGCACCUCGCACGCUUCCUGCGACUGCAGCAUGCACAGCAGCAGCAGGCAGAGGAAGAGGCAGAGGCAGAGGAAGAGCCAGAGGCAGAGGCAGAGGCAGAGGCAGAGGCAGAGGCAGAGGCAGAGGAAGAGGCAGAGGGAGAGGGAAAAGCAGCGACAGAGGGAGGGGAAGCAGUGUUGUCAGGCCGAGUGAUGGCGAGGCUGCAGAUGGGGAGAGGCAGCGAGGACGAGAGGCAGCAGCUCAUGGCUCUCCUGCUGACGCUCAAGCAGCAGGAGGAGCAACAGCUUCCACCGCAAAAGCAAAAGCAGAAACAGCAGCAGAAGAAGGAUCUGAAGCAGACGCAGAAGCAGAGCGUAUGCAAGCGGCAGAAGGGGCAGAGGGCGGUGAGUCAAAAGCAGCCAGGGGUCCCCAAGGCGCCACACGUGCAAGAGCAGCAGGAGCAGCAGGAGCAGGAGCAGCAGGAGCAGCAGCGGCAGGAGCAGCAGCUGCAGGAGCAGCAGCAGCGAGAGGAAGGAGGGAAAGAGGAGGUUUGGCUGUCAGCUUUCUCGGCUCUUCCAGAGGCCGGAACAUCAGCAAAGCAAGUGGAGACCGCCCUUGCUUCUACCUUUGCUCCUAGAUACGGCCCAGAUGGCGCUCUGCGUGGUGCUAGUCGGUUGGGCGACAUGGGAGGGCGACAUAUGGAGUUUGCUCUGCGUGGCAGUGGCGCCAACCCCAGCAGUGUCAUGAGCAACGGGAUCUACAAUAGCAAUGUGAUGGUGCGAGCGCGUGGCACCGACAGUAGCCUUUUCAGCAGCAGUGGCACCAACUCAGCGAGCGACGCUGGGAAAAAGAGGAAAAGCCCAGAGCGCCCCACUGGUUGCGCUACAGCCGCUCACACGCAGCAGCACGCCAGGCAGACCUCCCAUGCGUGCUACAGCCGGAGCGUGCUUGGGCCGGGCAGCGCCUCUUUUUUUCAGGCGAACCCAGAGAGACCCCCUGCUGUAGGGGCGUCUAUCCUGGGCCCUGCCAAGGUUGUUAACGUUAACCCCCAUAUCCCGGUGCCAGAUGUGAGGGUCCACCAGAGUGGUGUGCUGGAAGGCAUUUGCACAAGGGAAGACGACGUGACUUUAGAGUUGACCCAAAAAUCGCCUCGGGAUGAGCGUGCGGUGAGGUACGAGAGCGGGACCAACGGCCGCGCAUGCGACGUGCACGAUGAGUGCCGCCCGGACGAUGCUUUGGAUGAUCCCAAGGGCCACGACCGUGGAAACAUGCAAGACGAGUGUGGCACAGAUGACGAGUGGUUGCCUCGGUGCCAGGGCGGCGUCAGGGCAGGUUCGGCGCCGAACCAGAGGAUCAAGAGCCGGAGCAUGGCGGAGCGGCGGAGGAGGGAGAGGAUUAGUGAGGGCCUGCAGAGGCUGAGGGUGAAGGUGCGGGGGCGAGGGGAUACAUGCGCGAUGCUGGACAGAGCUGUAGGAUUCUUUGGAUCUUUCCUGCAGCAACUGCUUUUGUGA